CCCACCAGCACCUGUCCCAACUAUAAGGCCUCCAGAGAGGGGGGGCCGCCAGUGCUCCCAGAGGCGCCCCAAGAUGAAGACAGCCUUGCUGUUCCUCGUCGCCUUGGCUGCGGCCGCUGGGCCAGCCCAGGCACUCCGCUGCCACGUGUGCAGCAGCUCCAGCAACUGCAGGAAACCGCAGGUCUGCUCAGCAAGCUCCAGCUUCUGCAAGACUGUGAUCAGGGUGGAGCCUCUGUCUGGGAACCUGGUGGAGAAGAACUGCUCGGUGUGGUGCACGCCCACGAACAGCCAGCAGGGCCAAGUCAGCAAGGGCCAGGAGACCACCCUGUGCUGCAACAGCGACCUGUGCAACGAGGCUCUGCAGAGCUGGCAGAGCGCCGCGCCCGCCCGCACCAGUGCCCACCUUGGCCUGGCGCUGGCCUGCGGCCUCCUCGCCCUCCUCUGGGCCCCUGGCCUGUGACCCCCAGAACCAGGGCCCCACCCCCUCCUCUCCCUGGCCAGGAUGGAGGCUCAGACACCCGGGGCUGGGGGCUCUGCAGAAGGUCUGGGGCCAGGCGGGCGGCCCAGGGGCAGGAAGAGCUGAAGGCUUGGAGCGGCCCUGGCACAAGAGGAGGCGCCUCCCUCCCAGAGCAGCGGGGUGGGGGAGGGGACAGGAGGCCUUCCGCUCCCUCCUGAUUUCAUCUUCAUCUGUUUGGUUUCUGUUUGUUUUUCUAUUCAAAGCCCUGCGUUGGAAUAAAUGACUGAAAACCAG